ACCAUACAAAACACAUAAUCAAGGAAGAGCGACAACAAGAUCAAACAAGUCAGACAUUGCAGCAGAAAAAGUCACAACAAAAGCAGUACAGAUGCAAAAACCGACUACAAGAAAAAGUAACCAACAGUCUUACAAGCGAUUUUGCAAGCCUUCAGCAUGCACACGAUUUAGGUCACAAGCGCAGCAAACGCAUGCACGCUAAGACAGCGUUACAUUCUGCGACCUCAGUCGAAGUCAUGCACGCGAAACAAAUUUUAGUUAGCAAUAAAAAUUUAACGAUUGCCAAGAAGCAUAAAAAGUGGUAUACGACCUCUGCAACUACAAUAUUAUCGAAUGUGGAUACUGAGCUGAAAAACAAAAUCAUGGUAUUACAAACCAAUACGAAAAAUGACCAUGGUUGUGGUGGUCAACAUAGGACUUGCUUACCAACUAUGAAUUUGAUACCCGAAUUCGGUGACGGUAGGAACAGUAGUUUGAUGUGUAAAUUCACAUAUAGGGAUCACAGCAGCGGUACCGUUUCAGAUAAUAUUUUAAAAAAAAAUCAAGAUUUAGUUAUUGAAAGUCAGAAGAAUAAGCAGUUAAGUUUCAAAAAUAGCAAGUUCUUACGGUAUCCCCUGAUUAAUUACCUCAAACCGAACACAAUAAAUACGACCCAGAGCCACAUCAUUGAUCAUGCUUCUGACGUUCGGCACAAAACGCAAUUCGUGCCAACUGACGUGGCAAAAUACCAAACUAAUACCAAUAAUAUGGGGCAGUUUUCUUUGGCGUCUGGCGACUCUAACUGUAGUCUUAGGAAACAGCUUAUAGUUGCUGUUGUGGGUUGCGAUGGCAAUAUACAGCAAAGAAACAGCGAUAAUUUCGAGAUUGGGAGUGCUGGCAUGAGUAUUUCUAGCGAAGUCAACACAAUUGGAAAUAGAAAUAACAAUGAGGAUCCCCAUGUUCAAAACAUGACGAAUAAUGUCUUUGCCGAAUUCGUUUUAAAAAACAAUGAUUCCGAUAAUAUACUCAUGAGGAGUUGCACCUCAGAGUUGUCCAAAUGUAAUGACAACAAUGUCGCUAUAUACUGUGUGCCCAAUAAUAAUCAUAUUAGGGAAGAUUUAAGAAAGAAAACGAAUAGUCCUCAAUGGCAGACACCACAAGAUAUGAACAUUACUGGCAGUUAUAGCCAAGUUGGCUGUUUAUUGACCAAUUCGCCCAAUAUACGGGGUAUUGACAACGCUGGUGUAAUGCACGAUAUGCUUAAUGAUCCUAUUGAACAGGUGUUUGCAGGUUUAAAUAAUGACAAUAGAAAUUGUAUCGAUCACAAAUUAAUGCCCAAAUACGUUCUAAAAUUGCACACGAAACAGUCGCAUGCUCAAUAUCAGCAGCAACGGCAAAGGCAAUAUGCGAAUGCAGAUAUAACAGCCGACAAUUUGCGUAAUGCUGACUACGUGAGCGAUUGUGAGGAUAUACAGCGAUUGAUGUGCCCCAGUACCCUUAAAGGCGCGUUGACACUGCAGCAGGACAUGGUGCAGCAAGACGAUCUGCACCAAAAUAGAAGUGGAAAGCUCCUCGAUGACGAUAAUAAUACUUCAGGGAUUCCGUUUUGCGUGAGCAGCAUAAGUGUAAGCGAUUGUGUCGAAUAUUUAAACGACGAACUGGAAGAUCUGAAGGUUAUGUUAGUCUGCUAGCUGUACUUAGUGCUAGACUUUUGCAAGUACAGCUUCUAAGUUUGUGCAUAUUUAGAAGGUGCAGACUACUCCAUACAAACAAAUUGCAGUAAGAGCUUCAAGUGUGUGGAACAAUGUGACUUAUGCGCGGCCGGGAUUGCCUGCUUUACUAAGAUAUUCCAAUAUUUAACUAGCGCACACAUCCCUAGUUUCUUGUUGAAGUAUGUACAAUGUAAACAAUGAGCACGCGAACAAGUUUAACGUAUGGGCAAAAAAGGCAAUUCUUUCAGAACUGCAAAACACAAAUAAAAAUGAACUUUGUGUAAAAUAUUAUAUAAAUGUUCACGAUCAACUAUUAACCGAAUAAUUCGCGAAAAAGACAGUUUGGCCGUAAAAUGUAACUCGGGAAAUAUACGUAGGAAGCGGAAUAGGUCCAGCAAUUCGUCCGAGAUAGAUAGAGCGGUAACAAUUUGGUUCAACCCAAUGCGUGCGUCUGGCGUUGUCAUAUCUGGGAACAUGGUGAAAGAAAAGGCAACGCAAUUGUCUAUUAAAAUGAAUAAGAAUUUCAAUGCCACCACCGGAUGGUUAUGGCGCUGGCAAAAACGGAACGGAAUUUCAGUCAAACACCUUCACGGAGAAAGUGCAUCAGCAAAUGUUGAGGGUGCAAAUGAUUUUUAUAAAAUGCUUCCCGAUUUUAUAAAAAAUUACAGCAAUGAGAACAUAUUCAACGCCGACGAAAGUGGUUUAUUGUUCAAGGCACUGCCCAACUCAACUCUAAACAUGCAUAACGAUCGACCGAAAGGAUACAAAUCAAGCAAAGAACGGUUGACGGUUUGCUUCCUAUGCAAUGCAUCUGGGGACUACAAAACAGCUUUCGUUAUUGGUAAACCCAAAAAUCCACGAUGUUUUAAAAAUGUAACUUUACCAGUUCAUUACUUUUCGCAAAGUAAGGCUUGGGCGACGCAAGACAUAUGGACAUCGAUACUGACAUCUUUUGACAAUGAAAUGACACUGCAGAAAAGAAAGGUUAUUUUAUUCGUCGACAAUGCCGCGCCCCAUAAAUUAGUGCCUUUACAAAAUGUAGAUCACCAGUCCCUUCCAGCUAACACGACAUCAAUUUUACAACCGCUCGAUCAAGGCAUUAUCCACGCAUUGAAAGCUUAUUAUCGUCAAAUUAUUGUAAGAAAGCAGAUACUUUCUGUGAAGAGUGGAAGAAGCAUUGAAGAGUUUAAGAAAUCGAUUAACUUGUUGACAGCAAUUCAAAUGAUACAUCGUUCUUGGUGGUUGGUAAAGCCCGAGACCAUAUCUAACAUUUUUAAAAAGUGCAGAUUUUUCACCGAAAAUUCCGAGAUCGUGGAAGGCGACGACGAACUGGAUCAGGAAAACAUAAUAAUAUUUAGUGAGCUACAACAAGAAGAGUUCAGAAAUUUCGUUAGGAUUGAUAACAACCUUGCCUGCUACGGGGAAUCUACCGACGAGCAUAUAAUCGCAGAGGCCAUACAAGGAGAAAAUUCAAUAAUGGAAGACCCGUCCGAUGAUGAACCUCCUAAUAGUGUUGCAGAUAGCAUUCCAAGCCAUAAGGAAGUCAUUGAUUCCAUUAAUACUAUCCGUAGAGCACUUAUGCCUACAAAUAAAUUUAUGCUCGAGAUCGAUAAUAUUGAGCAGUAUUAUUUCGAACUCUCUAAAUUAAACAUUCAGUCGAAAAUUACAGACUUUUUUAAGUGCAUAUAUGCACGUAUGUAUGUAUGUAAGUAUGUAGAACCCAAUAAGUGAUACAAAAUUCAGUAAAACUGUUAAUGUAUUGAUCUCUGUACACUUGCAAUUAUUU